AUGCUCACAGACCCAGCCGCCUGCCAGAUCCUCUCCCUGGCUGUCCCCCAGGUGGACAGUGCUGAAGAACCGGCCUGGCUCCAGUGGCCUCGAAAGGACCCCAGCCCUCGAGGACCCCAGCCCACAGCCCUCUGCUGCCCACAGGAUGGGAGCCUGGGGGCUGGGAGCCCGGCCAUGAGGGAUUACUGCUCCUCCCCACGAAAGGCCAGCCCUGAACCCCCCAAGCACACCCCUGCCCCAAGCCCAAGCAUGGACUCUAGACACAGCAACCCCAGUGGAACUGGGGAAGGGGCCUCCUGCUCUGAGGAUCCUGGCAGGAGUUUGGCCUGCCCAUCCCUGACCUGCAUCCCUCCCCAAGAGGCAGCCACGAAAGAGACAGUGGGAGCACUUGGAGCCUCGAUCUCAGGGACACCAGAAGUCACCUCCUCUGGGAAGCCAGAGCAUGUGUCCUCGGCGAAAACUGACCCCUCAUCCUUGGAGAGCAGAAAGCCUAUGUUCUUGGAGAAGCUGGACUCCACGCCUUCAAAGCAGGCAGAUUCCACUGGCAGAGAAAAGGAAGAUGCCGGGUCCUUGAGAAAGGCAGGUCCCAUGUUCAUAGGAAAGGCAGAGCCUGCCGUCUUGGGAAAGGGGGAUAUGGUGGCUUCUGGAAGGAUGGAUCCUGGAACCCCAGAAAAGGAAGAUCCUGUAUCCUCGGCCAAAGUGGGCCCUGCGUGCCCAAGACAGGAGGAGCCCAGGUGUUCGGGACAGAAGCUCCUUGUGUCCUCAGAAGAGGUGGGUUCUGCACCGGCGGGCGAGGCAGAUCUUGUGUCCUUGGGAAGGAGAGACCCUGGGUCCGCAGGGAAGGCGGACCGCAGGUCCCUGGAAUCCGCCCCGCCUGCAGCUGCAGGAAAGACAGAUCCUGGCUCCUUGGCAAUGCUGACUCCAAGGUCGCCGGUCAACAUGGAGCCCGUGUCCCAUGGAACAGUGGCUCCGGGGGCAACAGGAAGGGGCCGGCCCGUGGAGAUGACAGAUCCUGUAUCCAUGGGAAAUGCGGACACGGUGUCCUCUACAGAAGAGGACCCUCGGUUCCUGGGAAUGAUGGCGCCCGCCUCCUCAGGAAAGGGAGCUCCCACGUCUGUGAGCAUAACAGCCGGGCCUGCUGGGCAGGCGGACGCUGGCUCAUUGAGCAAGGUGGGCCCAGUGCCUCUGGGGAAGGUGGAUCCUGUGUCCUCGGAAAAGCCAGAGCCCCUGUCUCCCGGGCAGGCUGAACUGGCAUCCGUGGGAAAGACAGGAGCUGUAUCCCCAGAAAAGGAGGACUCGGCGUCUUCCCGAAAAGUGGACCCCCCUAUUUCUGUGGGAAACAGAAAAACAUCGCCUGCUGGGAAAGUGAACCCUGAAUCUUUAGGAAAGACAGACCCUGUGCCCUCGGUCCCAGGGGACCCCACGUUCUUGGGAACAGCGGGACCCUCGUCUUCUGUAAAAACUGGGGCAGUGGCUGAGGGGACAGCAGCGCCGCUGUCCUCAGAGAGAGCAGGCCCUGUGGCCUCUGGAAAGGUGGGUCCCACCAUCUCAGGGAAGGCGGACCCCGCCCUGAGCAGGGUGGACCCUGGGAGCAGGGGGGAAGCGGACUCCGCGUCUUCAGGAAUGGUGGCGCCCCCAGCUCUAAGGAAAACAGCCCUGGCACCCACGGGAAAAGCCGAUGCCGGCCCCGAGGGAAAGGUGGGUGCUCGGCCUCCAGAGAAGGGGAAUCCUGUGAACUCCACAAAGGUGGGCCCCGGGGCCUCGGGGAACGCAGACACAAAGCGCCCUGAGCACGAGGGCCCCACUGCAUCAGGAAACGCAGAGGCUGCGUCUCUGCAGAAGGAGCAGCCACUGGCCCUGGAGAGGGAGGAUCCUGGAGCCUCAGGAAAGGCAGGCCCUGUUGCCUCCGGGAAGGUGGAGCCAGUGGCCCUGGGGAAGGCCGACUCUGCGCCACCCCCGGGAAGAGCAGAGCCCCCGGCCUUGGGGAAUGUGCCCCCUCCGGCUCUGGAGCAGGCGGAGGCCCCCUCCGGACGCAGGAAAUCAGAUGGUAAAGCCUGCGGCUCAGCCACUUCUCCCUCGGUCGCGGUUGCCGGGAGCGGCGGGGGCCUCGCGCAGCCAAGCGUGCGCCGGCCCCGGUGCUGCUCACGAGCCGGACCCACGGCCGAGUGA